AUGGCGGGCGCUCUCCUGUCUCCCUUAGAGGCUGUUGCUCAUCUUGCAACUUACGAACGAUUAGAUGGCCUCUCAGCCAAGGAUCUCAUGGACUCUCGCGUCCAUGGUGGUCUCACAUACAAUGACUUCCUUAUGCUUCCUGGAAAGAUCGAUUUUCCUGCUUCCGAUGUCAUUACGGAGACCAGAAUAACUCGGAAUGUCAUUCUCAAGACUCCUUUCAUGAGUAGCCCUAUGGACACUGUCACCGAGACAAACAUGGCUAUUAGUCUCGCCCUGCUAGGUGGUAUCGGUGUCAUUCAUCACAACCAGUCCCCCGCUUCUCAAGCAGCCAUGGUUCAAGCCGUGAAAAGGCACGAGAAUGGUUUCAUCGCGGAUCCUAUCGUCUUCUCUCCCAAUCACACCGUUGCAGACAUGCUCGAUAUCAAGGCGCGUCUUGGAUUUUGCGGAAUCCCUAUCACAAAAACUGGAUCUUUGGGAGCUAAACUUGUCGGUAUCGUUACCUCGCGCGACGUGCAGUUUGAGUCUCCUGAGGCACCCCUCCAUAAUGUCAUGACCACGUCUCUUGUCACUGCGCCUCAAGGCGGGAAACUCCCCAUCGUCGACGAACAGGGUCGCCUCACCUCCCUCCUCGCCCGUUCUGACCUUCUCAAAAACCAAAAUUACCCGCUAGCUAGCAAGGAUCAUAGCAAGCAACUGUAUGCCGCCGCGGCCGUCGGCACGCGACCUAGCGACAAAGACCGCCUCAGGCUCCUCGUCGAGGCUGGCCUUGAUAUCGUCAUCCUCGACUCGUCUCAGGGUAAUUCCGUUUUUCAGAUUGACAUGAUUAAGUGGAUCAAGCAAACGUUCCCAAAACUCGAGGUUAUCGCAGGCAACGUUGUCACCCGUGAACAGGCUGCCAACCUAAUUGCCGCAGGGACAGAUGCCCUGCGCGUUGGCAUGGGUAGUGGUUCCAUUUGUAUCACCCAAGAGGUUAUGGCUGCAGGUCGCCCACAGGCCACGGCUGUGUUCGCUGUUGCUGAGUUCGCGUCCAAGUUUGGUGUUCCCGUGAUUGCGGACGGUGGUAUCGGCAACGUGGGGCACAUUGUCAAGGCACUUGCCCUUGGUGCGAGCGGUGUCAUGAUGGGAGGGCUUCUUGCGGGUACCACAGAGGCACCAGGAGAGUACUUCUACCACGAUGGGAAGCGAGUAAAGUCUUACCGAGGCAUGGGUAGCCUUGAAGCUAUGGAAGAGGGUAAAUCGAAUGCGUCAGGUCAGGUCAACGGCUCCACAAAACAGGCGUUCCAGUCCUCGAACGAGCCACACGAGAACGCUGCUACGACGCGCUAUUUCUCCGAGUCAUCCGCAGUCAAGGUUGCACAGGGCGUAUCGGGCGAUGUGCAAGAUAAGGGCAGCAUCGAGGCGUUCAUCCAAUACCUAUACGUUGGUGUCCAGCACAGUCUUCAGGACAUCGGCAUGCGCAGCAUUACGGAUCUUCAGGAAGGCGUGAUGAAGGGUCGUGUCAGGUUUGAAAUGAGAACGGCGAGUGCACAGGUGGAGGGGGGUGUUCAUGGUUUGCAUUCAUAUACCAAACGAUUGUAUGCUUGA